AUGGACUGGGAAAUAGAUCUCUGGGCUCACAACGUUGAUACCUGUGAUCCUGAUGAGGAAUGCCCAUUUGGGUCCAGCAGCAGUGCCCCUGGCUCGCCUUUAUCAUUCUGGACAUCGAGGCUUGCGAGGCAAGGGAGCAGCCUGGGUCGCCCGCGUCCUCGAGGCUCUGCUCCGGGUAUCCGUGCGCCCGACGAGGCCCGCCCGGCCCUUGCCCUGGAGGCCUUCGGGUGCCCGGCCUCGGGCCACGCGAGCCGCUUGUGGGAGCAGCUGCGGCAGUUCUGGGCCCACCAUUUCUCGCGGCGCUUCUCGCCGCGGCGCCCUCCGCUGCGCCGCAUCUCCUCCAUGUCCACCUUCUACCUGCUGGACCACCAGACGCGCCAGGCAGAGCUAGGCCUCAGCUACGGCACGCCGCGCACGCGCCUCAGCGACGAGGCCUUCGUGUUCCGCGGCGGCCGGUGGACCGCGGAGCGCCAGCCGGUGCGGUCGCAGCCGCAGCUGCCCUCGCCGACCACCUCGGGCUGGAAGGCGCAGGUGCAGCGGAUCAAGAGCCAGGUGCUGCUGGAGGAGAACAACUACCUGAAGCUGCAGCAGGAACUGCUCAUGGACAUGCUGACGGAGACCACAGCGCGCGUGCACCUGUUGGAAAAGAAGAUAGACCACGAAGCAAGCACUGCCGCUGCGGCGCGCGCCUGGCAGAGGAAGAUGCGCAAGCGCGAAGGCGCGGGCGGCGUGCUCCUGAUCGAGCCGCGGGCUCCAGAGUCGCGGUGACGCAAUAAAACCCGUGCGGCGCAUGCGCGCCUCGCUCCUCACCUUAGGCUCGGGCGCGUUCCUGUGGCCCCUCGAGGGCCCGGCCAGGACUGGGCUACGGGUGCGCGGCGGCUCGCUGCGCGCCUUCAGGGACCAUCACUCCGGGCCUGGUGUGGAGGGGAGACUCAGCCAGCAGCCCGUCUCGGGAGGGUGCGAUAGGGCGGUGGAGGAAGAUGUUUGCAGCCCGUUGGGAACGCGGAGUAGAAGCCAGGCUUGCAACAGUGCAGCAGGGGGCGGGGAUGGCAGGCGAUGAGAGGUAGUGGCAGCAAUGGCUUUCUUGGUCCAAGGGACGGAGGGCAAAGUCCGAGAGACAGAGAA